UUGUGGCUAGUCUCUCCAGUCUGCACAUCGUCUCCCCAAAGUCACACACACACACAAAGGCGAAAGGAAUUUCUUCCGUACGAGCCUUUAGGGUUUUUCUUCAUCUUCACCGAUCGCUUUACGGUGUUUCUCUCAGUCCACUGGUCGACGGACGCAGGUAGAUGGAUCACAGCUCUGGAGAAGAAUCUGACUUCAGUGAGUCAGAGAUUGCUGAGUACAAAGACAAACCCUUAGAGCAACUUAGAGAUGGAACCUUAAAGGUUAAAUACCCGAAUGGUAUACUGAGGUGUCCUUUCUGUGCGGGAAAAAAGAAGCAAAACUUCAAGUACAAAGACCUGCAUCAACAUGCUUCAGGGGUAGGCAAAGGGUCUUCUAACAGAAGUGCAAAACAGAAGGCGAAUCAUCUUGCUUUAGCAAUCUACUUGGAGCAUGAUCUGGCCCAUGAGUCUGAACAACCACCAAAAGUGGCUGAGCCCAAACCUGUUGCUCCUGUUUCAGAAGAAAAUGAUUUGUUUUGCUGGCCAUGGACUGGGAUAGUUGUGAAUAUAGUCAAAGAUCCUGAGAAUGAGGAAGCAAUUGAAAGCACUGAAUACUGGAUGAAGAGGUUCUCAAAAUACAAGCCUGAAGUGGUUGAGAUAUCUUGGGAUGAGGAAAAGACAACUGCUCAAGCCUUAGUCAGAUUCAACAAUGAUUGGACGGGGUUUAAAAACGCUAUGGAGUUUGAGAAAUCUUUUGAGGCUAAUCACCAUAGCAAGAGAGAGUGGGUUGCUUCUGAUAAAUCUUCUGGUUCAAGUAUUUAUGCAUGGCUUGCACGUGCAAAUGACUUUGAGUCACAAGGGGCAAUUGGAGAUUUCCUACGCAAGAAUCGUGAACUGAAAACCAUAUCAGACCUUGUUCAAGAAGCUAUGCAGACAAGAAACAAGGCAGUUGUGGAAUUAACCAGCGAAAUUGACACGAGGAAUGAAAAUCUCGAUGACUUGCAGAUUAAAUACAACCAGAAAACAAUGUCUUUGAGUAGAAUGCUUGAAGAAAAAGACAGCCUUCAUUCAGCUUUCUAUGAAGAGACAAGAAAGAUGCAGCGCCUUGCACGGGAGCAUGUGAAAAGAGUGUUGGAUGAACAAGAAAUGUUGAAUGCUGACUUGGAGAAAAGGAGGAAAAAGCUUGAUUCAUGGAGUAAAGAGCUUAACAAGAGGGAAGCUCUAACAGAAAGGGAGAAACAAAAGCUGGAUGAGGAGAAAAAAAAGAAUGACGUGCAAAACAACUCUCUGCACAUGGCUUCCAUUGAGCAAAAGAAAGCUGAUGAGAGUGUGUUAAGACUGGUUGAAGAGCAAAAGAGAGAGAAAGAGGAGGCCCUGAAGAAAGUGCUUGAGUUGGAAAGACAGCUGGAUGCUAAACAGAAAUUGGAGAUGGAAAUUGAAGAAUUGAAAGGGAAGUUGCAGGUUAUGAAGCAUUUAGGAGAUGAAGAUGAUGCUGCUGUUCAGGAGAAGAUUAAGGAGAUGAACAAUGAGCUGGAAACAAAAAUGGAAGAAAUGGAGAACAUGGAGAAUUUGAAUCAAACACUUGUGGUGAAGGAACGCCAGAGUAAUGAUGAGCUGCAAGAAGCUCGCAAAGUGUUGAUUAAAGGGUUGCAGGAUAUGCUAAGUGGGAGAACAAAUAUUGGUGUGAAAAGGAUGGGGGAAAUUGAUAUGAAGGCAUUUCAUGAUGCCUGCAAAGAGAAGUUUGAUAAUGAAGAAGCUCAAAUUAAGGCGUCUGAGUUAUGCUCUUUGUGGCAGGAUAAGCUUAAAAAUCCAGAAUGGCAUCCCAUGAAAAUGAUUAAAGUAGAUGCUGAUAAUCAUAAGGAAGUGAUAAAUGAAGAGGAUGAGUUGUUGAAGAAUCUCAAGGCAGAAUGGGGGGAUGGGGUGUUUGAUGCAGUGGUUGGGGCGUUCAAGGAGAUGAAUGAGUAUAAUCCAAGUGGGAGAUAUGUUGUGAAUGAGCUUUGGAACUUUAAAGACAACAGGAAAGCUACAUUGAAGGAGGUUAUUAGCUAUAUUUUUAAGAAUUUGAAGAGCCUUAAACGCAAAAGGUGAUGGAUGGAUGAUGAGGGAGGUUUGUUGACAUGAUGGUUUAUAUAUUAUGCUAACUUAGGAGGAAUUGUCCAGUUUUAUUGGAGGUCUGGUAUGUAGUGGUGAUGGGAAUGAGAUUUGAAAAUACUCAUCUAUCCUUGGAUUCUUAACUUGUGGUUUCUUUCUGAAAUUACUACUACAUAAAUCUUAUGGAUUUACUGUGUAGCUAAAUGAACAUAUCAUGGAAGCACUAUUAUUGUUAUUAUUAUUGUUAUUAUUAUCAAA